UGAAGCAGAGCCAAAAUCCCAGAAUCUGUUUGUGAUGGUGAUGCAUCCGGCCGCUGCAGGGCAAGGAUUCGAUCAGGCUCGUCACCGUGCUUGUAGCUGACGUGAAGACGUGAUGUGGCAAUUUGAUUUGGUUUGUGUGGUGAUUUAUGUGGGAAAACAUUUAGUUGCGAUGCUUGCCUCAUUUGAACCGGCUACAAAGCGGCUACAAAGUGGCGCAAUGACCUGGUCAUACACAUAAGGGGCUGCAAGCGAGAAGAGCGAUUUGAAGACGAGUUCUUGAACGCUUUCAGUGUGAAUAGCUAAACGAUGAAGAUGUGCUAAGGGUUCCUGGUUGUAUUUCGGAGAGUGCCCAUUAAAGGGACGGUCUCGUACAGGUGGAAUGAUUCCAGAGCUUACCUCAAAUUGCAUUCACGAGUACUACAGUUUAGAGAACGGGUCGGGGCUUGGUAUAGUCUUCUACUGGCAGGCCUGCGCCGGUACUUUCAUGGGCCUGGAUAGGGAUCGGGACUGUGCUGUGUCACUGUUGCUUAGCCACGGUCAACUUUUGAAGCCUGCUACGCUGCAGUUGCCGAUCCAAGCCAGGAAGCCUACAAAUUUCUCUGGCAUGAGUUGGUCUGGAAGAGCUAUAAAUUAUUCAGGCUAGGCACGGUUGGCUAAAUCAGAGGAAGGCUCAGGCUGGGCCCUGGCCUAAAAGUGCUACCUGUGCAGUGCUCUACUCGGACGUCGGCACUAGCGACUGCUGCUCACUCAUUCCCUGCUCAGCUCUCCACUUGCUCACUCAUUCGCUGCUCGGUUCUCCACUUGCUGACUCAUCCUCGGCUCUGCUCGGCUCUGCUCUGCUCUGGCUGAGCUUUCUUUGUGAUAACACUUGUGUGUGGGGGGGGGCAUCGAGUUGCCUUCAAAUUUGUUUGCCAUCUCAUCUCUCGGAUCUCUAGGCCGUGAAGAGCAUGACAUUACAACAGUUGAGCUCGUGAUGAGGAUUAAGUGAGGGUGCAAUGAGGUCAGGAGAUGGGAGUAAGGCAAAGGAAGUGAAAGGUGAAAUCAUCUGGAUUGUGACGUAAGGUGUAAGGCAGUGGUUUGUCUCUAACCGCUAGUACGGGAUAGGGGAUGGGGUGGCAUCAGACUGCUCAGUUCAGGUGCAUGAGCGUUAGCAUCACUCAAGUGCACUCAUGCUCAGUUCACCCCAGCCUGAGCAUCAUUUCAGCUCACUCAUAUGCCACACUGAGCAAGAAUGAGCAUUUUCAUGAGUGUCUCUCGUUCAUGCAUAUCUCCUUGUUUGCUCACUCACGCUCAUGAAUGAAUUUUUCUCAAGCUCAUCUCGUUUGCUCAUUCAUGCUUACAUGUGAGUUUUGCUUAUACCCACUCAUCUCCUGCUCAGCUCCUCGUUUGCUUGCUCAUCUUGUGCUCUGCUCUCUAUUUGCUCUCAUGCUCAGCUCAUUCACCAUAUUGAGCAUGAGUGAACAUGAAUGAGCAUGCUCAUGAGUGAGUUUUGCCGAUGUAUGGCUCUACUACAAAUACACAACUGUGAAACUUUCAUCCAGAAUAACGAAGUAGUUUUCGAGAAAUUAGACAUAGAGGAUGUCUUUAUUGCCAGCACAGCUCGUGGGGAGCUGAUGAAUUUAAUUCCUCUAUUUAGUAGCCAUGGACUUUUGGGGCAAGAGAAUUCACACUGUUGCAUUAUUAGUGACAGAGUAGAAUCAUAUGCAUUCUGACUAGGUGAUGCUCUGGGAGACCGUCGUUCUAAGGGUGCAGGUAAUUUUGUCAGUGUGUUUCGGCUAUGGGAAGCUUCAUUGUAUUUAAGUUGUGCAUGUAAUUGGGCUAGGUGGUUCUUCAUUCUCUAAACCCAAUAAAGUCAAUGGAACAUACAGGACAUGUGUUGCAUAAGUUCUGUAUGCAUUUUUGACCAUCCACUAGGUGCUCUUACCAAUCAAGGAGCAAUUUGGUUGUCUGGAACAAGUCCACAUUGUAGAGGCAAAAAUGGGAACACGGAAACAUAUUGUCGCGCUUUUAACCACUUUAUUUGCAAAACGACACAAUGCUAUACAACGGUCAUUUACAACAACAUCUUACAACUAAAGUGGUCGAAAGUGCGACUGUGUGCUUUGCGUUCCCGUCAUCGUCCCUGUGUCUCUACAAUACGGGCUGUUACCAGUCUCGGGAAGUGGUAUUCCCCGGUCUGUGCUCAUGUAAAACAUGGCACCCGUAAUGCCCCGAGACUUAUUAACCCUUUCACAAUCUUUUGCAGACGACGCUGAAUCGUCAGGCUCCUCUGCUUCUCGUCGUGUGCCGAAGGUUCACAAACCACAGCAGUACCGUUGCAGGUUCUGUGCGUGCGUCGGCGAGUCACGCAAACGGAUUCAGAUCCAUGAGAGGACGCAUACUGGGGAGAAGCCGUUCAAGUGCAAAAUGUGCCCUUACUCUGCGGCUGCAAGAUACGACCUUAGUGCACACAUGCAAACACACACUUGUGAAAAGCCGUACAAGUGCAGGCUCUGCAGUUUCUCUUCGACGACUGUGAGAGCGCUGAUGAAUCACACGGAGAGACAUUCUAAAGGGACCACUUACAAAUGAGCGUCGAAAAAGAGUGGAAAAUCCAGCGAUCUGCCGAAGGUUGGCUGCAACCAGUAGAUGUGCAGCCGUGUUACGGCAGCCAAAACGGCAACAAGCCGCAGUUGCAAUACUGCUGUCGGUUCUGUCCGUACAUCGGGGAGACGCCGAGCAGGAUUAGAAUCCACGAGAGGUCUCACACUGGGGAGAGGCCGUUCACGUGCAAUAUCUGCCCUUACUCUGCAGCAACCAAGUACAACCUCAAGGUUCACAUGAGAAAUCACACCGUGGCAAAGUCGCACAAGUGCAAGUACUGCAGCUACUCGACGGGAGUGCUCAGCACGCUUGUGGUUCACGAGAGGGGACACACCGGCGAAAAACCGCACAAGUGCCACCUCUGCGAUUACGCGGCUUCAACGCCUGCGCUUUUGAGGAUGCACGAGCGGACUCAUACGCCUCCACCCUACACACUACCAUCCCCGCAGGAAUAUCGGUCAAGAGGUUAGAGCUUCACGGUCGGAACACCAGUGCAGAUUCUGUCCGUACUCUUCUGACAAAACCAGAGUUCAACGGCAUGAGAGGACACACACGGGUGAAAAGCCGUACAAGUGCAAGUACUGUGUCCAUACCGCUGCGACGCAGCAUGCUAUCAAGGUGCACGAACGACUGCACACGGGGGAAAAGCCAUACAAGUGCAGGUUUUGCACUUAUGGAACGAAAGUACAGAGUGAUCUCGUGAUUCAUGAGAGAAAGCAUCUGGGGGUGAAGCCAUUCAAGUGUCGCUUUUGCACUUAUGCCUCCAUUGCACGGAAGACCCUUGUGGUUCACGAAAGGAGACACAUGCAAACCAUGCAACAUACGUAACGCUGUUUCUACCGCGCAGAGACACUUUCGAGAUCUUGUUAAAGAUGUGGGCAACCUGUUCCCGACAACAGACUGUCUUCAUGUACGGCCUCACAAAGCUUUUCACAGAGAACCUCCUCAAUAUUAUCAUUUCAGGCGGAGUUAACAAUAGCAGGGCACUGAGAGUGUGCGCAUGCAAUCAUCUGCUCGUACAGAGUGUUUCACCUAAUGUGAAAAAAAAAAAAAUUGUAUUAAAAAAUCUGUUUGUCUGAACA